UGAUCAUUCUCCUAAUCCCCUCUGUACCCAAGCUGGCACCACUGUCUCCGUCCUUCCACACUUCUUCUACUAGAUCACUACUUGUGCUAAUCUCUUCCAAAAUCUCAAAAACCCUAACCCUAAUCUUCCCCCAACCCCCUCUGUAAAUACACCACCACACCAUUUUUCUUCACUUAAAAAGACAGACGAAAACCUAUCUCUCUCUCUCUCUCUCUCUCUUCAUCACUUCACCUCCCAUGCUUUGACUCAGACAAUUCAACAAACACUAAACAAGCAUGCUGAUACACCUGAUGUGCUUCCUCCUCCUCUCGUUGCUCUCAUUCACCACGUGCUCCAAUUCGUCGCAGCGUUCCGUCUACGACGUGCUGCGGGCCCACGGACUUCCGAUGGGCCUGCUGCCCAAGGGCGUAGUCGACUUCGAAGUAGACGACGAGGGCCGGUUCCAGGUGCACCUGGAUCAGGCCUGCAAUGCCAAAUUCGAGAGCCAGUUGCAUUACGAUAGGAACGUCUCGGGGACGCUGAGUUUCGGGCAGAUCGGAUCCUUGUCGGGUAUUUCGGCCCAGGAGCUGUUCCUCUGGUUCCCGGUUAAAGGAAUCCGGGUCGACGUGCCCAGCUCCGGCAUCAUUUACUUCGAUGUCGGCGUCGUUUAUAAGCAAUUCUCCUUGUCUCUAUUCGAAACUCCUCCGGUUUGCACCGCUGCCACCACCUCCGUUGAAGCCGUUGGAACCGUGUUCGAGGGCGAAUCGGGGAAAUUGCGGUUCAAGCUUGAUCAUGAACUUGUUGGGAGAGAUUUUGUGUAGAGUUUUGGAGGGGAGGAGAGUAGGUGUUUUGAAGGUGUGGUCUGGAUUAGUUUUGUUGGUUGGUUGAGUUGUUUUACUUUUAGUGGCCAGUGAAUUCGAUUGGAAACCAAGAUUGGAGGAGGCAAAGAUAUUACCAGUGAGUUUUGUGUCACAAAAGCGCAAAAGGUUGAGUGAGGCAGAAGCAAUUGAUCAGAUGAAGCCCAAAUCAGGUGAUGAAUCUGCAACAGGUUUAUGUCUUGUGUUGUAUUUUUUUUUUUUUUUUUAAAGUUCAUAUUGGUAUCAUGAAAAUUAGUGAUGGUAUAAAAAGCUUCCAAUAAAAAAAAUAAAAAAACCCUUUGCCUUUUGCAUUGCUCUGUUUUAGCUGUUGGUAUAAUUUGUCAGUUUAUGAGUUGUGGGUGGAACAGAGGAGAAGUAGAUGAGAGGAAGAGGGCGAACCCAGAUAGAAUUUAUAUUUGUCUGGUUGUGAUCAGGUCUCUAAACUUUUAUUUAAAUUAUUAUGAUCAGGUCUCUAAACUCUGAACUUUAAGGACUCUGUUUCAAUUGUCAGAGAGAGUUUGAGCAGAGGUUUUGAUUAGUGAUGCUAAAAUGAGAGAAAAUUCUGCACUUGGUUUGUUGCGUUUCUUCUUUGUCAUAGCAGAGAGACUUUGUAGAUAGUAUAUGUGUAUUUGUUGAUC